UUAAGGAGCUGCUUCCAAAGACCCAAUGGAAAUUUCCUCCUCCAGGGUUGGGCAGUGACAAGCCCCCGGCGUUCCUGUGACAAACAACAGAUUCUUUUUGUCAAGUUUUAAUGCUCUGUGUGAAGGGCCAUGUCCAGGUUGUCCUGCUUGUGGUGUUCCUGGUGAUCUAUGUGAUCACCCUGCUGGGGAAUGUGGGGCUGCUGGUGUUGAUCAGGCUGGUUGCCCAGCUCCACACCCCCAUAUACUUCUUCCUGAGCAGCCUGUCCUUCCUCGACCUCUGCUAUUCCUCCUGCAUCACUCCCAGGCUGCUCCGGGAUCUCCUGGAUGAGGAUAAGGUCAUUUCUCUGUGCCUCACGCAGUUCUAUUUCUACGUGGCCUUCGUCACCACCGAGUGCUACCUCCUGGCCACCAUGGCCUACGACCGCUACGUGGCCAUCUGCCGCCCCCUGCUCUACUCCCUCUCCAUGUCCCGAGGGAUCUGUGCGCUCCUGGUGGCCGGCUCCUGCCUGGCCGGGGUCACCAAUGCCGCCCUGCACACGGGCCUGGCCCUCAGGCUGAGCUUCUGCGGCCCCAAGGUCAUCGACCACUUCUACUGCGAGGGGCAGCCGCUCAUCGCCCUCUCCUGCACGGAGCCCGCGCCCAACGAGCUGGGCACGUUCAUCACGGCGGGCUUCAGCCUGGCUGCCACCCUCCUGGCCAUCCUCCUCUCCUACGCCUUCGUCCUGGCCGCCGUGCCGGGCACGCGCGCGGCCGCGGGGAAGCGCAAAGCCUUCUCCACCCGCGCGUCCCACCUGGCUGCUGUGGCGCUCUUCUACGGAUCCCUGGUGUCCGUGUGCUCCCAGCGCAGCUCCAGGAGCUCCCGGGAGCGAGACAAGGUGGCCUCUGUGUUCUACACCAUGGUGACGCCCAUGCUGAACCCCUUCAUCUACAGCCUGAGGAACCAGGAGGUGAAGGCCGGGCUCGGGAGGCUGAUGGGGAGGAAACACUCAGCUGAAAAAUAGUGUUUCCUUUUUUAUUUGUGUUUGCUGCCUGGUAUUUUAAUUUCAGGAAUUUAAGCCCUUCUUGACCAUUUGUAGAGCUUGAGGACCAGGAACUCUUCAUCUCUGAUUACUUGGGAUCAUUUCCUUCUUUUAGGGAAAAAAAAGAGAAACUUUUCUCCAUCUGCCUCAUUGUGACACUCUCUGGUUGUUUAGGCAUCAGGAUAUCCCAGAUAAUGUAAAAAUAAAAUGCAGCAGGAGACUUUAUAAAGUGUUCUCCCUUCUUCCCAAUUAGCAGUUGCAGCGCUUCUCCAAAUACCCAGCUGUUUCCCAAUCCCUGAAUCUCCAUUUUUUAUACUGAUUCUUUCUACUUCCCUGUGAUGCCAAGAAGCCAAUUCUAUAUUUCAAGGACAAAUUUAUAUAUAUUUAAAAUUAUAUGUAUAUUAAGAAAAAAAUAUAAAGAAAUUCUAUACACAAACUUUCUUUAUAUACAUAAAGAUAUAUGUAUUAAGAUCUUUAUACAUAUAAAUUUAUAUAUAUAAAAAGAAGUGGGACAUAAACCCUCAGGCUACCAUCAAACUUCCUGAAACUGAUGGUGUUUACUUACCAGUGCAAGUCUCCUGCUGAAGGAGCUGCUUCCAAAAUCAUCCAUUCCAAGGAUAAUUUCCUGGUUGCUACCACCAGGGUGGGCAGUGACCCAACUCAAGGCUCAAGCUUGCUCAAAGAGCAGGGAGCCCUCAUCUGGAUCUCUAUGGAUCAUGGUGGAAUUGCAACUGCUGCUCCCUAUCCUGACAUUUUGUUCAUAUUUUGGUUUUAUUAUUAAAAAAGCUUUGCUUAGUUUUGAGCAACUGUGCAAUUUCCCCUCUAAAAUAGAGACAGAGAAGAAGGAAGAACUGUUGGAACUACAGUGAAACUGAGCACAGAAGGAGUGGCAGGAAUACUCACCAGGAGCAAGUAUGGGUAGAAACGGUUACAGAAUCCCAGAACCAUUUAGGCUGGAAAAGCCCUCUAAGAUCAUGGAGCCCAGCUGUUAAGCCAGCUCUGCCAAGGCCAGCACUAACCCAUAUCUGAGCUCAGUGUAGAGGUCAGACCUGAGAGGCCCUUCCAGAGCCUAAGGGGCUCCUGGAGAGCUGCAGAGGGACUCUGGGCAAGGACCUGGAGUGGCAGGACAAGGGGGAAUGGCUUUAUGCUGACAGCAUUUAGAUUGGAUAGGGGAAGAAAUCCUUCCCUGUGUGGGUGGUGAGGCCCUGGCACAGGUUGCCCAGAGAAGCUGUGGCUGCCCCUGGAUCCCUGGCAGUG